CCGGUUCUUUUCGGCUUGGUCUUUCAAAUCCAUUCUGGACACCUUCGCCAUACACAUUCUUUUCUUCUCUUCUCAAUGCCUUUCUUCUUCUCCUCUUCCAUCAUCAACCAUUGCCGUUUCUUCAACACAGGUUGGAGAAUUGAGAGAGCCUCCACUACUUCGGGUUUUCAGGGGUUCUUUUUUGAGGACAAAGAAAGAGUCAUCAAGACCAUGGAACGAGUAACCUCCUUUGGGUUCAACAAAGACGUUGAACGAAUGGAAAACCCACUUGAUUCUUCUGUCAAGGAAGACGAGAUGGGAACAGGACGACAAUCUCUCGAUGUCCUUGUUUCUGCAUUCCCUUCCCUAGGACCAGGACUAAACAAAUCUGACUUGUUCGAGUUUCUGGGUGUCACCGAGGAGGACAUAGAUAACCUGCUUUACUUUAUUGAGAGAGUUCGUCAGGAAGCCAUGAAUAAACCGGGAGAAUUUGUCAAUGGUAGUCACCCGUUUACUCAAUUCCCUUGGUUCAAGAAAUCUGUUGACUUGAUGGGUCUUAAUAUGAUGGAUGUUAAUGGCGGUCUUACCCUAGUUGAUUGCUUUAAGGAGGUCACUCGGGAAUUCAUGAAGAAAAUGAAACUGUGUUCUGUCUACUACCCAUCUGUUCCAGCAUUCCCAGUUCUGGGUUUGUCCAUUCCCAAGAAACAGAGGUCUAACGGAAGGAAAAAGAAACAAUGUUCUACCAGUUGCCCUGUUCCGCCCUUCCCAGUUUUGCUUCUUUCCGUGCCCAAGAAACAGAGAUCUAACAGAGGGAAACCCCUGAUAGCCACUAUCGGCACUGGUUUUCUUAGCAAAUUUGGAGCCCCUGUUCUUAAAGAUUUUGAAACGAGAUUCUCAGAUGCUGAACCAAGAGAAUGUAGGAGGAACAAAAGUCAGAAACGCUACCGUGAGAGUGAAGAAAGUGAAGAGGAAAAGCUGAAUAAACCGAAAAGGCAGAAGGAUGGAAAGAACCAGAAUAACAAAGUAAUGGCACAACUUGCUGAAUGGGGUUUGGUGCCUCCACCAAACAUGCCAACUGAAUUCAAGAAUUUGAUUGAAGAGAUGGGUGGUUCUGAAGAAAAGUUGCUGAUACAGAAGAUCAUAUUCAAAACAGACCUUAGCAAGUCUCACAACCGUUUGCAAAUUCCCGAGAAUCAGUUGAUGGCAGAUUUUCUUACAGUGGAAGAAGAAAGGAAGCUGGAUGAGAAAGGGCUGAAUGUUUCUCUGAUAGAACCAUGUCUGAAGAAAUCAGAAAUCCACCUGACGAAGUGGAAUAUGAAAAAUUCCAGAGUAUUUGUGUUUAAUGAGCAGUGGAAUUCAGUGGUAGAUGGAAAUCAGAGCACUCUGAAGAAGAAUGCAGUGAUGCAGAUUUGGUCAUUCCGGACAGCCCCUGAAUCAAAGCUCUGUUUUGCCAUGGUCAAGGUCAAAGAUGGAGAUGAUUAUUAAGGUCAGCUUACAUAUGCUUGGAAAUAGGAAAUUUUUUGGUAAUUUUUAUUAUUAGAAGAGUCAGUUAUGGCAACCCUUUACGUGGUUAAGGUCAGAUUAUUUGGAGGGAAACUUUUUUUUUUUUUUUUUUUUGCAUUUUUUUAACAUUUUUUUUGGUCUUGAGAUGUGACCUGUAACAUGUUCAGAGUAAACUUUUUGAAGUGGG